GAAAAUACAUAAUCUUGUAUGGAGGGGAUGACCUUGAGUGGAUACGAAGAUUCACAACCAGAGCAACAGCGGUUGCACGUGACGCGCGCAUCCCUCUGGAGAUGGUCUAUGUGGGAAAGAGUAGCAAAAGGGAACAAGUUAGAAGAGUCAUUCAAACCGUCAACAACGAUAAAAUGGGGGUUGCCUGGCAAGAGCCUAUGAUAUGGUUCUUCUGGACUCGGCUAGAGAGCAUGCUCUUCUCCAAGAUGCAACUUGGCAGGGUUGACGAUUACGACCCCAUGUUGCAAGAAAUCAAGAAACUACUUAGCUACGACAAGAGUGGAGGAUGGGUCGUGCUUUGCAGAGGAUCAGAAGUAGUGGUCAAUGGGCACGGGACCACGGUGUUGCCUACCUUGGUGGAGUACGAUGACAUAUGGAAAACAAAUGUGCCCACCAAUGGGUUCGAUAAAUCGUUUAAGGAUCACCAUGACAAGCUUCACGGGAUUACGCACCCGUGUUGUCGAUUUGAGUUCCCGAGUGUGGCAGGAAGGAUCCCGGAGAGCAUGAAAUGCCCGGAGUGUCUCCGUGUCAUGGAUAAGCACAUCACCUUCAUAUGCUGCCAUGAUGAGAGUGCUACCACCAACACCAACGUACUCUACUGAAAUAAGAAUCAACCA